AUGAUCCUCCGACCACCGCCCCUCUCUAUCCUCCUCCUCCGCCGCACAUACAGCACGCUCCCUCCCCCGCCCCCGCCGAAAGGACUCGCCCGCCUAACCGACCGCGCCCUCCUCUCCGUCGCCGGCACCGACGCACCGAAAUUCCUCCAAGGCCUCGUAACCGCGCAGGUCCCGCCGCCCGACGGAAACAGCACCUACUCGUGCUUCCUGAACUCGCAGGGCCGCGUGCUCUCCGACGCAUUCAUCUACCCCUCCCCCACCCACGAGCCCCGCUACCUGAUCGAGCUCUCCGCGCCCACCGCCCCCCACCUCCUCGCCACCCUGCAGCGCCGCAGGCUCCGUAGUAAAGUAUCGCUCUCGCUCGUGGCCCCCUCGGAGCUCGCCGUGUGGGCCUCCUGGGACGACACCGCGCCCGCCCCCGCCCCCGCCCCCUUCUCCAGCGGCAGUAUCCAAAUCGCGGACAACCGCGCGCCGUCCUUCGGCCACCGGGUCGUCGCCGCCGCCGCCGCCGCAGAUGUAGAUGCAGGCAUCCCGGAGGUGCAGCUGGACCAGUACAGGCUGCGCCGGUACCUCUGGGGCGUUCCCGAGGGCGCAGAGAUGCCGGAGGGGACCGCGCUGCCGCAGCAGAGCUGCGUGGACUAUAUGGGCGGCAUUGAUUACCGCAAGGGGUGCUACGUUGGGCAGGAGCUGACGAUCCGUACGUACCACACUGGUGUUGUGCGGCGGCGGGUGCUGCCUGUUCAGUUCAGCCCUGUUCCGUUCGGCGACGGGGAGGCGGAGGGGGAGGGGGGGAGGGUGGUGUAUGAUCCGGGUGUGGAGGUGCCGGAGGUGGAGGUGGGGGCGGCGGUGAGGAGGGUGGGGGGGAGGAAGGCGAGGGCGCCUGGGGUCGUGUUGGGGCAGGUGGGGAAUGUGGGGCUGGCGCUGUGUAGGUUGGGGGUUAUGACGAGGGGGGAGGGCGGCGAGGGGGAGUGGAGGAGUGGGGAUCAGUUUGUGGUGGGGGAGGAGGGGAGGGAGGUGUGCGUGAGGGCGGUGGUGCCGGAGUGGCAUAGGGAGAGGGCGGAGGCUUUGAAGAGGUAG